AUGACUGGCAUCGCGAUCGCCGAUGUUGGCUGCAUUUCGAAACGCAUCAAGGCGUGCUGUCGUCGAGCAAAGCUCUUCAGUACCGACGAGAUCCUCCUCAGCCCACCGCAGCAAUUGGCACACGUGUUGCGCAUAUCCCAAGCAGAUGCCGAUCUGCUUCUUCUCCAAGUGGCCACGGCAUCUGCUCCACCUCCCAUCUCGGUACUCGAUGCGCUCAAUGGCAAGCUUCCUGCUACCAACCUGGACCAGAACUUCUUUGACGCCGUCGCAGCUGCUGACGAUGACGACGACGACAAUGAUGAUGACGAUGACAAAGCCGAUUCCGGUUCGGCCGACGCUUCAGACACGAGCGAUGCGGAUGAUCAACAUCUCAACGACGCAAGGUUUGCAUCGUCUUGCAUCGUGCCCCCAACACAGGGGUACGAUGGCAACUUUCCCGGCGCACAAUGCUUUGUCUACGAUUCCGAUGCCGGCUCGGACAGUGAUGCACGCAGUAGCAUCGACGCUGUGAUGCACGAAGAUAUCGAGCUACCGUCCACCUUUUGCCGUCCACAAACACCACAAACCCACGAUGUUGCCCGUGACGAGCAUCAUGAUGGGUAUCUUUGCGAUCCCAAAGUUGACCACGCCUCGGUCGCCAGAGACGUCUUAUCGCUCGGACGCCAACGACAUGUAUUCUCAAGCGGCUCCCGAGAGCUCGACGACCUGCUAGGCGGUGGGGUGCGUUCCGCUGUGCUCACCGAGCUCGUCGGUGAAAGCGGCUCUGGUAAGACCCAGAUGGCUAUCCAAGUUUGCACUUAUGCCGCUCUCGGCUUGGUUCCGCUGAGCCAAGCUGACGAUCACGACAAGGGCAACAACACAUUUCAAUCCAGGACUUUCGUACGAGACCCGAUACACGCUUCGACCAAAGACGACACACUAAGCGACAUUCUGCAGAGCUACGGCAUGGAGCCCUCGAUUGGAUCUCACCGCGGUAUGGGCGCGUGCUACAUCACAUCUGGUGGCGAGCGCGCAGCGCAUUCGAUCGUGAACCGAGCUCUGGAACUUGCAAGCUUUGCUAUCAACGAACGCUUUGAUCGCGUCUAUCCGGUCUGCGAUCCUACACAAAGCUCGCAGGACGCCGAUGGGCGCCGCGACGCAUUGCUGGCCAAGGCACAGCAGCUUGGUCGUCGACAAGCGCUUGCCAACUUGCACAUAGCCUGCGUCGCUGAUGUCGAGGCAUUGGAGCAUGCUCUCAAGUACAGUUUGCCUGGCUUGAUUCGUCGAUUGUGGUCGAGUAAGCGUCAGUCGGGCGUAUCGCGCGAGAUUGGCGUUGUGGUGGUAGACAAUCUUCCAGCGCUUUUCCAGCAAGAUCAAGCGGCAGCGAGCGAUAUCGACUCGCUCUUCCAACGCUCAAAGAUGCUAGUCGAGAUCGCGGAUGCGCUCAAGCGUAUCAGUGCUGUACAAUGGCGUGGCGCUUCAGAUUGUGGUUCCUCUGCAGGUAGAGCGGUGCUGGUGCUGAACCACGUCAGCGAUGCGUUUGGAAUCGACAAGCAGAUUGCACGGCGCUUCGUAUUCGACUCGGCGCACCGCAUCCGAACGCGUCGGUCUCAUUUUGCACGCAACGAUCCUGGCACAUCAAGUCAAGCGCCAACCUCGGCAUUCAGCGGUGGCACUGGAUCGGCGUUACCCGACCAGCCGCUAGCGAUGGAUGUGGCUAGCCAGACUGCGUUCACCAGCGGGCUGCUCGCCUCGAUCGCGCCUACGCUGGCGGAAGCGGUUGGCGCACGCGAGCUCGACUCGGCGUGCGCUUCCAACGAUGUGCCGCUCCGCACACUUGAAGCACGCACUGCACAGCUCGGUCAGACCUGGAGCAACCUGAUCAAUGUGCGCGUGUUUCUGUCCAAAACGCGCGCCAGGAUAUGCAUGCGCGACGAUCAGGCACCAGCAUGCGAGCCAGUGCGCCAAAACACCAAUCAACGUGGUACGGCGAGCAAGUCGCUCAUGAAUACGGUGCGCAAAGCGGCGGUGGUCAUCAAUCCAUUUGGCGCAACCAUGUUAGACGUCGGCGUCGACAAGAGCGCGCUGAGACAGCUACGGUUUGUCAUUACGCCGCGCAAAGCGGUGCAUGUGCUGAAUGCGUAUCCAUCGACAGUGAUGCAUGCCAUGCAUGCGACCGCUGACAGCACGCCCGCUCCAGAGUCACAGCAGCAACAGCGCGCAGCAGAGCGCCACCCAGCGGAGCAAGAGGACGCCGAUCAAGACCUCUUCGGAGAAGCGCUGCAAGAGCAUCACUGGCUAGCCAUCGACGAGCUCCAAUCGCACACCACCGCGCGUCCGACUUCCCGAGCCGCCCAAGCUGGCUGA